AUGUCGGUGGUGGUGACAGUGAAUCGUCGGGGAGUUUUGAUUUUCCUGGUUGUCUCGAUGAUUUGCAUGAUGGCUGCGGACCCCAUUCAAACGUCAAAACUCACCAAUAACAAUGACAUCGAUGACAAUGAAUCGAACGGAAAUGAACUGCAAUCUCGCAAACACAAAUAUCAUCUUUUGCCGAGACACUGUGGAUUCAGCAGCGCUUAUCUUUAUCCGUCUUUCCUCUCGCUUUUGGGCGGUCUCAAGGGUUGGAUAGCUCUGCUCCUAAUAAAAUUCAAAAUCGUCAUCGUGUCCUUCACCGUUGCCGCAAUCGUCAUCGCCACUCUCAAAUUCGUCGAAGUCUUCAAAUACAGAACAACGCCCUACUCGAGUCCUCAUUACAUCGCUCAUGAACCUGCUUAUGAUUUUGGAUCACCUAUUCAUUUGGAUCAUUCGUCGCACGAUAGAUAUGGAAACGAUUGGUCAUCAUCAAACUCCUAUUCUCAAAGAAUUUCCACGAAGACACACAAGCCGACAAAAUUCACUGGUGGAAAACGAAGUUCAACACAAAAGCGACGAUAA